AUGGCUGCUCGUGAAAGAUUGACGGCGAUAUCCAAACACCUGGAUCAUCGACCGUUAGCAACACCACGGUCACCAAUUGGCAACAGCCCCCCCAACAAUCCGCCCUUCCCUUCAACUCGAUCAUUAUAUACAGAAAACAAACCAAAAAUGUCCACACAACCAGAACACCCAACUCUCCUGAUUCCAGGUCCAAUCGAGUUCGAUGACGCAGUCUUGCAGUCUAUGAGCCAUUACAGUGAAAGUCAUGUGGGCCCUGCAUUUGUUGCGACAUUCGGAGAAACAUUAUCAAUGCUGAGGAAGCUGUUUCAAACUACCGAUACAGCCUCUCAACCAUUCGUUCUGUCUGGAUCUGGUACAUUAGGAUGGGAUCUGGUCGCAGCAAAUUUGGCAGAACCUGGAGAUGAUGUUUUGGUUCUGCAUACGGGAUACUUCGCAGACUCAUUCGCGGCAUGUUUCGAAACCUACGGCGCGAAGCCGACACAGUUGAAGGCUCCUAUCGGGUCAAGACCUCAAUUACCAGAAAUCGAGAAGGCUCUUGGGGAGAAAAAAUAUAAGAUAUUAACCGUUACACACGUUGAUACGUCAACCGGGGUUCUGAGCGAACUUAAAGCUCUCUCCGAGUUAGUGCACAGAGUGUCUCCCGAGACGCUGUUGAUUGUGGAUGGUGUGUGCAGUGUUGGAAGCGAGAACAUUGAGUUUGACAACUGGAAGCUUGAUGGUGUUAUUACUGCCAGUCAAAAAGGCAUCGGAUGCCCAGCUGGUCUUUCGAUAUCAAUGUACAGUGGGCGUGCCAUGGACGUGUUCAAGAGUAGGAAGACGCCACCAGGUUCUUAUUUCGCUAGUAUGAAGAACUGGUUACCAAUCAUGCAAAACUAUGAGGCAAAGAAGCCGUCCUAUUUCGCAACGCCAUCACCACAAUUGAUACACGCACUUAAUACGUCCCUGACUCAAAUCCUAUCUAGGCCGCUUUCGGAUCGAUUUGCUGCACAUCAGGAAGCUUCUCAAAAAAUCAAGAAAGCUAUAGCUGAUCUCGGCCUGAAACAAUUAGCCACAGACCCUGCAGACCAGGCGAACGGCAUGACUGCGAUCUAUCUUCCCGAAGGAGUGAAGGCCCCAGAACUUUUACCUAACUUGUUCAAGAAAGGUGUCGUAUUUGCUGGAGGCCUGCAUAAAGAAAUUGCUGCAAAGUACAUUAGAUUUGGCCACAUGGGUGUCAGCGUUACUGACCCAAAACGAAACGACAUCGACAAGGCCAUCAAGGCAUUGGAGACCGGACUUUCUGAUGUAGGCUACCAAAAAGCAUAG